CUGGGAAACGAACCAUUGAGCUCACCCUUUUGCCCUACAUAUGACGGAACAAAGAAUUUCCGAGAGUUCAUAGCUAAGUUCAACACCUUUACCAAUGCCUUGGGCUUUAUUAACCCUGAACGAAUUAUGCUUCUUCCACUCCUUUUGAAAAAUCCUUCGAGUGAGGAAGCGUACAGAACCGUUCCUGACACCUUGAAAAACGAAGGACCUUGGGAAGACUUAGUUGUUGCGCUAUGUGAGAAAAUAUGCCCAGAGUACCAGCAAGAUACAGCAUUAGUUCAAAUGCAAAGCAUCACUCAAAGGGAAAUGUCGAUCGAUGCGUUUGCGCAACUGUUACGUACGGCAAGCCUCUCUGCUUUUUCAGCAGCUGAUACCAGUAAAGAUCACUUGCUACGAAUAACAUUCCUUAAUGAUUUAAAUGCGAAAUUUAAACCUGGAGUUUUAAGGGCUAAGCCGACUUUUUUCAAUGAAGCCAUUGAACAGGCCAAAUGA